AUGGCUGAACCUGUUUCGGCUGCACGGGUUACUUCUUUUGUUGGCCGAGCAGAGAGAGAGUGCCCCAACGGGCUGGUGAAUGAGUACCACAUUGACUACAGAUGCGCAUUGCUACUCUUUAGCACCCAGCUUCAUGAUGACACCUCAACCUCUGGCUCAGAUGGAACUUCAUCUGCAGCUCCGCUAGCUUUGCAUCAAGUGGUUUCUGUGUCUCCCGGGGGAGAAGCAGUGAUUCGCUUGUCUGGCUACGACUUAGACGGGGACGAUCUCGUUGCCACCAUAUCGUCUUUGCCGGAAUCGGGUACCCUUCACCAGCUUUCCAAGGUGUACUCUGAGUACGGGUACGACCCAGCAGCAGGCGAGGUUAUCGCUGGAAGUGGUGGCGUUGAAGUGACCGGUUCAGGCAAUCGUGUGGUGUACAAGAGACCGGCGGCGGAUGCUGAGCCAACUGGGCGAUGGGGAAGUUUCACUUACACCGUGUCUGACGGGAGCGACUCAGCGAAGGCCGGCACGGUGUACCUGGUGUCGGGGGGGGGGCUCCUGGAGGCUGCGGAGUUCGACUUUGGAGUCGGCACCUGGAAGGUGUGCCAGAGCGGAGGGUCUUACUGCGAGGCGGCGAGGCACGAUCCGAGCAGCAGGGGGUUGCUGAGCUUUUUCUUGUCGGGGUCGGACACGAUCGUGCACUCAGACGCCGACGGGGUAGACGACACGCUGUGGUGGUUCAAAGCCGAUUCUGCCUUUUCGGGAAACCUGGGGGUGGCGUACGCGGGGACCCUGGAGUUCUCAAUCGGAUCGUUCUCGGGAACCUUCUCAGAAGAAAACCUGAACGGCGACGCCCUCCGGUUGGUCGAGCUCUACUGCUCGGCGUGCGCGAGAAACACGGGGACGACGCUGGCCUUUCCCCUGUCCGUCGCGGGGGGGUUCGCGGGCGGGGGAACCGGGGUGUCAUUCUCCAUCCCCCUCUCCGAGACGGGGGGGUGGCUGAAGGACCCCGAGAAUACCUUGAAGCAGGCCGCCCCCCCAACCAAGUGCGAGAUGGCGGAGGUGCUGUCUAACCUCAGCGAGCUCCGAAUACUCGGGGACUUCACGAAGCGACACGAGAGUGUCGCUCUGGACUCGGUGUACAUCCGGGCGGCCGGGAGUGGAACGUCUAGUGGUAGUGGAGGCCUCGGCGGCGGAAUCGGCGGCAGUUCUCUCCCCGUCUGCGCUCAGGGGUCUCCGGAUGCCACCGUUUGCUCGUGCUAA